AGGAGACUCUAAUGGGAUCUCUCAGUGUUUUGAGCUGGAUCAUUUGCAUUGUCCUGAAGAGACAGAAGGAAGAUCAGGACCCAUUCCCUCUGCAGAGCAGAGUCAAGAGGAAACAGGAUGGGUGGCCUCCAGCUUCCCUGAGGAAGAAGCAGGAGCUCCCUCUAGGCCCCUUAGACUACCAGAGAAGGAACGAAGGACCGUUCCUCCUUCCCAGAACUCAGUUGGGAGGUUUGUCCCCCAGUUUUCAAAACCCAAGAAGACAGCAACAGCAGAAGCAGAGACCAGGGAAGAGGACCUCAUGAAUAAGGCCUUUAGCUUGGAAACACAGGCAGAGCCCAAUGCCCAGCAGGCAGGAAGCCAACUACAGGAGGAACCCCCCAAACCCAUUGUCCAGGAGGCCAGGGAACCAGGAGACCAGCUCCAGGCGGAUAGUAUCCAUCUCCAGUACAGUGACCAAAGCUCUGAGACACCGGUGCUCAGCAGCAGGGAUUCUCAGCCUGGGAUCUCCCCAGACAUCUCUCUAGAAAGGGAGACAGUGCCCUCUGUCUCAGAGAGGAUCAACCAGAAUCAACUGUCAGAGUCAAGGAGCAACACACCAGAUGGUAGAAGUGGAGAGAGUGCUUGGGUUCCAGGUGGUCACAGCCAGAAAAUGCACCUGUCAAACCCUGAUGCUGAAGAGAAGCUGGAGCAGGGAUCCCCCACAAAGGGCAAUGCACCACAGGGUGCCAGGGCUGACCCAUGUGAAGGACCCCAAGAGGAAGAAGAGCCCAGAGCUGUGGCCCAGGGCCUCCCUGAUGCCAUGCAUAUACCUAACAGAGCUGGCAGGGAAGCAGAACAGAACUUUAGCAACCCAACAUGCUCCUCCCCUAGGAGUGUUGUUGUCACAGAUGUGAACACAGAGCCUGCUGGUUCAGAACAGAGAGCUCUGGAGGCAGCUGAGCCAGAUGGGCAGACCAAAGGCAGGAUCCCUGAUGAAGAGGACAGGGGGGCACUGCUCAACUGCAUUCUUCUCACUGGGAAGAACUCAGAAGGUAGAGGGGAGUCAGAGAGAGGAACUGAGCCACUUGGUGAUCUCAUGGGGGGCCCUGAGGUUACCAUGCCUCUGGUUCAGGGGAUCCAAGAGUCCACAGUAGGUGCAGAACAUCCCAACCCUCCAGCUUCAGAAAUGGGCCCAGGUACUGAUCAGAGACAAGUGUCAGGCCUGGAUCAAGAGGGACUGGGAGGUGACCUCCCUUUACUAUUGCAGCCCUCUGCUGAAAAGGCAGCCGAGUUAGGUAUCCAGACCCAUGAACAAGACCUCAAGGGGCUUAGUUUGCCCCUUCAAGCCUCCACCUUGCCAGUGCACAGCGUAGUGAAUGGCCUUCCUUGGCAGACUAGCACAUUCCAGGGCAGCCCAGAUGCUUCUGCAGGCCAGCCCAAGCACCCUCCAGAUUCUGCAGACCAGACUGCCUGGGGGGCAUCCCUAGCCCAGGAAUUGGACUUCCUGCCAGACAGCCAGAUAUGGGAAGCCCUGGAAGCCCCUGACUUUGAAGCCCCACCUGAGCAGUUGUUAUCUGUGGGUCCUCUCUGGCCCAGUGCCAGCACACCUGCCGAUGGUGGCUCCCUUGACGAGACCCAGCAGAGAACCCACAUGGGAAUUAAGGCCUGCGGAGCCCCAAACUUGGAGGAUGCCACAGAUAUUGUACAAGGCCUGGUCAUCGAGCUCUCCAACCUGAACCGGAUUAUCAUGAGUGCUCACCGGAACCUGGAAGUCUUCAAGCACUCCAGCUACUAUAAAGCGAAGUCAUCCAGGAAAGCCUCUGUGCCCUUUACUUCAUUAGAGACUGGGAACCCCCAUGGGGGGCUCUCAUGGAAGGAUUUCUAGAUGCUUCCAGAUGGCCUGUGGGAGCAGGUGUUUUCUCUAGCCCCACAAGUACCGAACAGCCUGGAAAUAAUCUCAGCAGAUCCCAGAAAGCCAUGAGCCUCCCUGUGCUCCUAGUAUUUUGUUACCCUCCAAGAUGCCUAGGGGAUUCUAGUGGGCUCCAGAAGCCACUGCUCAGCCAGCCAAGGAAGUCAGUUCUCCCCACCCCCCCUGCAGGGAACACCCGCUGGGUGCCUUCCUCAAAUUAGUAUUAGGGAGGGGCUCCCCCCCCCCAACAUACACACAGCUCAGGAGGAGCAGCCCAG